AUGGCACAAAUCGACAACCCCGUCAUCAGAUUCUUAGAAGAAGAUGUCCGAAGGUUGCAUCACACGCAUGAUGACGUGCUUGUUGUCAGCCUACGAGUAGGAGACUACAACAUGCACUGGGUUCUGGUCGACAACGGCAGCUCCGUAGAUAUCCUAUAUUACCCGACCUUCCAGCAGAUGAGGAUUCAUAGAGAACAACUGGUCCCGAUAAAUGCCCCUCUCGUUGGUUUCGGAGGGACAAGAGUGUUCCCCCUGGGCGCCGUCACAUUGUCAGUAACGGUAGGCGAUUACCCCCAGCAGAUCACUAAGGACGUAACAUUCCUCAUGGUCUACUGCUCGUUUGCCUACAAUGCCAUCCUUGGACGACCCACUCUUAACUCUUGGAAGGCUGUAACUUCAACCUACCAUUUAAUAAUCAAAUUCCCUACAGAUUAUGGAGUAGGAGAGCUACGCAGAAAUCAGGUGGCAGCGCGAGAAUGCUAUAUUGUCAUGCUAGAGAUGGUCAGUCACCAGCAAACAAUGUGCAUAGGAGAACAACGGGCGGUAGCGGAGCUAGUUGAAGAACUAGAAGAAGUGACCCUUGAUGACUUAAGACUAGAACGGAUGACUAGAAUAGGCACACUAGCUAGUUGGCCGGUACGUCAAGCGCUCAUGGCAUUCCUAAAAGACAAUCAAGAUGUGUUCGCCUGGAGUCACGAGGACAUGCUGGGAAUUGACCCCUCAAUCAUAGUUCACAAGUUAAAUAUAUCGCCCUCAUUUCCCCCAAUUCGACAGAAGAAGCGAGUAUUCGCUCAAGAGCAGGACAUAGCCAUAGCCAAGGAAGUUCGAAAGUUGCUUAAGGCAGAUUUCAUCCGAGAAGUGUACUACCCCGAUUGGUUGGCAAACGUGGUCAUGGUUAAAAAGGCCAAUGAAAAAUGGAGGACGUUUGUAGAUUUCACGGACCUCAAUAAGAUUUGCUCUAAGGACAGCUAUCCACUCCCACGGAUAGAUACUUUGGUAGACUCAACUGCAAGACACCAGCUCUUAAGCUUCAUGAACGCUUUCUCAGGCUAUAACCAGAUCAAAAUGGAAGAAGUCGAUCAAGAGAAGACCUCUUUUGUUACCAGCCAGGGACUGUUCUGCUACAAGGUGAUGUCAUUCGGACUCAAAAAUGCUGGGGCAAGAUACCAGAGAUUAAUGAACAAAAUGUUCACGCACCAGAUUGGGAGGAACGUACAAAUUUAUGUCGAUGACAUGUUAGUGAAGAGCUUACACGAAGAUGAUCACCUAGACGACCUCUGGGAGACCUUUGACACCCUUCAAUCAUAUAACAUGAAGCUGAAUCCAAACAAAUGCGCGUUCGGAGUGACGGUGGGGAAAUUCUUGGGCUUCAUGGUAUCCUAA